AGCCGCUGCAGCCGCCCCGGCCGCCGCCUGCUUCCCCAUUGUGUGAACCCGGCUCUGGCGCCGGCCCCGGCUUGGCCUGGGAUGGAGCUGCCCGCCGUGAACCUCAAGGCCAUCGUUCUGGUGCACUGGCUGCUGACGACAUGGGGCUGUUUGACAUUCUCAAACUCCUAUGCCUGGGCUAAUUUCACUGUCCUGGCCCUGGGGGUGUGGGCCAUUGCUCAGCGAGAUUCCCUGGAUGCCAUAAUUAUGUUUCUGGUGGGCCUGGCCAUCACCAUCCUCCUGGAUAUCGUCUACAUCAGCAUCUUCUACCCACAUGGUAUCCCGCUGAAUGACACGAUACGCUUCAGCACGGGCAUGGCCAUCUUCAGCCUCCUCCUGAAGCCCCUGUCCUGCUUCUUUGUCUACCACAUGUACCGAGAGCGAGGGGGCGAGUUCAUCCUCAACAUAGGUUCUUUUGGCCCAUCGCAGGAGCGCAGUGCAUACCAGACCAUUGACACACAGGAAGACCCUGCCUUGGCUCACCCCUACGCAGACCUGGAGAGCAAGCCGGCGGCCCGGCCGUACUGAGAUCCCCCUCCCGCCCGAUGUCUCCAGAGAUCUCAACCUCCUCUAAUGCUGGGCACUCCAGCUCCCCACGCUGGAGACUCACUCCGUUCCACCCUCGCCCUUCCGUCUCAGAGUUUAUGAGCUUCUGGCACCGGAUAAUGUCUCACCAUCUCUGCUUCCCUUGGGCGAAACGGGCUCAUGAUUGAGUGAUAGUCUCUCUCCUUCAAUUGCGAGCCCCCUCCCAGGCUCUCAGCGCCACACUCCCCAAGGUCUGUCUUACCCACCUUAAUGCACUUUGAAUAGCUUGACUCUGUUUGUCCCCACCUCCAGGGCCACGCUGCCAAGUGCCUAGGCUGUGCCAGGGUCUCUGCAGCCCUAAGUGUGGCCAGUGAAGGUAGCCGUCCUCCCCAUGCCCCAGGAGGGUGGGUAGCAUUUCCAUAGAGGCUGGGUAUGGGGCAAGAGUGAGGGAAGCCUCUCCCUCAGACACGUUUACAACUCCCCAGGGGCAGCGGCUCCACCGUGGACACUCGGAUGGAGCCUUUGAAACACUGCCAUUGCCUUCAUUACGUAACUGCCAAGUUAUGGCAUUAAAGUUUGAGGAAUCCAA